CUGGCGUGGUGGAGGCCGCCCCGACACGGUCGCGUCGCUCGCCCGGAUUUGCACGCGUUCUUCGGCACUCGCUCGCUUGCUCUCCACCUGACACUGACUGGCGAAGGCGCUGGGGACUGGAAAAGAAUUUUUUUUCUAUUGUGGAGUGCAAGAGCUUCAUUAAGUGUAGAAAAGUACUUUGUUCUUUGCAUUUCCAUCAUUGUGGUAUUAUUACAUGCAAGUACAGGUGUGCGACCCAGCAGGGCUCGUUGCGUUCUCGGUGUGAUACUGUUGUGGCUGUGGUUGUGUUGUGACACCAGACUGUGCAGUGUUGCGUAGGGGCACGUGCCCGGUGAUGGGCGUGACGCCCUGCUAGAAUACCAUGGUGCUGGUGGUUGGGGCCUCCGACGUCGCGAUGUUCCCCGCCGCCAACCGGCCGCCGCCGCACUCGGUGGUGGCCCAGCAGAGCCCCGCCGGAUACUUCGGCUACUACCCCCAGCAGGCUCCUCACCAUCACCACCACCACCAUCCCCACCAAUACCCUCCCCCGGACCUCAACUGCAACCUGCAGCCCUUCAUGACGGGCCAGUUCACGGACGGGCUGCAGGGCGGCGCGUGGCACAACACGGCCAUGUACAUGCCGCCGCCGCACCACACCGCCGCCGCCCCGCAGUGCCAGCAGCGAUCGCCGCACGGCUACGAGGACUGGGGCGUCCCUCCCUUGCACCAUACGGGCCCCACGGGCGCCGCGUCCCCCUUGCCGCACCCGCCCACCCUGUCGUCCAGCGCCGGGGGCCUGCAACACCCGCCGCACACGCCCUCGCCGUGCGCGCCCGGGGCCACCGUGCAGCCGGGCCCGGGCUCGCCCACCUUCGGCCACUACCCAAAACUAACCCCCGUGGGCGCGCCGCCCGACUUCGGCAGCGACGGCGGCCUCGGCGGCGGCGGCGCACAGUCCCCGAAUGAAGGCGUGCUGCCGCCCCAGGGCGACGGAGCGGCCGACGCCGGAUCGCCGCCCACCGCCCACGCGCCGCCAUCGCGCCCGCAGCAGGUGCGAUCCCCGUACGAAUGGAUGAAAAAGCCUUCGUAUCAAGCGCAACCCAACUCAGAUGGCGCGUUCCUGGAUAUGGACGGGAUGACGAUGAAAGGUACGGAGGAGGAGGAGACGGGCAGAGGCACGUGGAACGCCGGCAAGACUCGCACCAAGGACAAGUACCGCGUAGUGUACAGCGAUCACCAACGACUUGAGCUUGAGAAGGAGUUUCAUUAUUCUCGCUACAUCACCAUCAGGAGAAAGUCUGAGCUCGCCUCCAUGCUGGGGCUCUCCGAGAGACAGGUCAAGAUCUGGUUUCAAAACCGACGAGCCAAGGAGCGGAAGCAGAUGAAGAAGCGAGACGAGCUCCUGCAGAAGGAGAAACUGGAGAACGCCCAGUACCACGCGCCUACCGUCACCCCCGUGCCGCCCAUGCCCCCCAUGCACGCGCACGUCUCCUCCGCCCAGCACCUGCCCACGUCGAAGCCCCUCAUGAUGGACGUGAAGCCGGUCUUGGGGCUAGACUGACCCGAGUCUGCCUUCUAUUGGAGCCAGUGACCUGCAUCAGACCUCUGACGGAGACGAGUACCAGAGACCCCUGACAGCGUGAUGAGAUGGCCUGAUCGCUGGCAACACCUGACGGAGGCGCGGUGCGGCGGCUGUUGGUCCCGGGUCAUUUCGUGUUGCCAUUUCGUGUCAAGACAUGAAAACUGCCUGGAAUCCUUUCUCUACAGUCUACCGGAGCUUGAGGACUAAUGCGUCGUAGUGUAUAGUUUGUGUAUCAAUGAAAGACAAUCGUGAGAGACAAUUUACUUACGGGUGAGCUUUCGGUGGAUGUGAGAGAAGGGAAAUGGUGGCGAAUCCCAAGUGAAAGAACAGCAGUGACUUGAAACGGCUGACAGCAAAGUUUUCCGACUCUCGGGUAGCUGAUGUAAAUCUGAAGAAAAGAUAUCAGUGAAUUCUGUUAAUACUUUUCGUCUUACUUCAGGCGAAAUAAGGGAAAGUGACACAGAGAUCAUCAUUGUUGUGAAAGCCCCUUGUCAGCGAUGAAACGGCCGUCACACUCCACGCAAGGUGCAACCGGGCCCGCUCGAAGAUGCUGGUGUAGUUGCACACUCCAAUGAAAGGCAAAGAAUAUAAUAUGUUUCACUCGACUGUGAAUCGACUAUUUAUGAACAUGUAAUGUCAGUGACUAAACAAUUUUUUAAAAAUCUCAUUCCCGCGUAUAAACAAUCGCACGUUAUUUGAUUUUAUUGAAUAGGUAGCAAAGUAUAUUGUUGUAAUUCUAACUUAAUGAGAUGCAGCAGCCUACGACGACGAAGGGCGCUGCGAGCAAGAGAUUUAUAUAAUGGUCGUAAGCAGCCCAAAGGAAGGGAUUCCUGCUGUUAAAAAUGUACUGCACUCUACCUCCCGACCUGUUCUCGGAACGCCACACACUCAACGGGAAAGGAACUAGAUAUUUGUUUGUAUAUAUACACUCAUGUUUUGACUCUUCAGUUUUUUAGCUGGUUGUAAACAAUUCGGCAGUAAGCAAACAGCUGUUGGACGACUUACUUAGGAGCACCAGUGCAGGCAGAGGGAAGUGACUAGACCUGUGUAUGAAUGUGUGUAUAUGCGUAUGUAUGUGUGUGUGAUAGUGAGUCCGUUUAACUGUUAGUUUUUUGUUAUCUAUCCGUUUCCUGAUGCCAUAGAAGGAACGUUAGAAGGAUCAAUAUGACGUGAACAGAAAUACGAUUAUGAUUAUUCCAGAUGAAAUUAGUGUCGUCCAAAGAAAAAAUAAAUAAAAUUGAUUUCCAAUGUUUAUAUAUGUAUACGUGCAUAUAUAUAUAUAUAUAUAUAUAUAUGUAUAUAUAUAUAUAUAUAUAUAUAUAUAUAUAUAUAUAUAUAUAUAUCGCUCACGUCAACACCAGCUACAAUUAUAUUAAUACCAGCACCGGUGUCUCCAGGAAUACCAGUAUAAUGAGUGUAAAGUUAAGAAUAGACUCCCUCACUCGGGAUUCUCUUCACCACAAAAUGGGUUGAUCACUUCAGGUUGAAUCACCUUCUUCUACCUGAUGAGUUUUAUUGAACAAUGCCGUGUAAAUACUGUAUAGUGUGGAACUGUGCGUAGCCUGUGCUUGGUAACUGCUAAAUAGCCUCGUUACGCAUAACAGCCGUGUCCUCCCUGUGUUAGCCUCCCUUGCGCCGUGUUAAAAGGUGGGACAACAGAAUUCUGUUGAAAUUAAAAUGAAAACAAAAAGUUCGUGUUUAGGGAUCCAACUUAAAGCGAGGUGUGAGUGUUUCGCAUUUUAGUAACGUGUGUAUUAUUUAUUUACAGCAUAAUUUUAGUCUCACUUCCUUUUGUUGGAAUCCUAACUUCGAGUAAAAACAUUUUUUGGGACAUACAGAUGCAUCAUGUUUAUUGUAAGGGGCUAUAAUGAAUUAAUGGUAUGUCAUGGUAGCGGUUUUAUCGGUCUGUGUUUCAAAGAAAUAGUAGCACACACACCCACACACACACACACACACACACACACACACACACACACACACACACACACACACACACACACACACACACACACACACACACACACACACACACACACACACACACACACACACACACACACACACACACUACAUGAAAAUUGACACUAAUAUCUGAAGGAAGAGGAAAGAGUCUAAGGGAUGGUAACCGGGCAAGCACUGGGAGGAAAUGAAAAUUUGUAAUUUUGUAUGUUAUGAGUUCGUAUGCACGUGAAUCUGCUUUUUGUGUACGUGUACAUCUGUUAUAGUAAAUAUUACAAGAAACUGU